AUGUCCACUGGCAAUAUCGAUACUGAGGCAAGGACACAUCAUCUCUCUGGAUAUCCGUCUCUUGCCCACUUCAUCGCAAGUGAUCGCGAUCGAACGACCCUCAUAUUCAAGCGAUACGAUGAGCUCGCAGCCCGAAAUCUGCUCUAUCUGCAAAGCGAGCUCGCCGAACUCCAGGCAAAACAACGCGCUCUUGAUCAAGAAGACUUGACAGCGAACCUAAGCACAAAACAAUGUGCACGCAACUAUUCAGACUUUGAAAAGGCAGUACAGGCAGACGAAACGAAGCAAAAGGAUCGAUGGAAGUUGAUGAAAGAUAUCCGAGAAACAUUGAAAGAGUACCGAGAAGCACUGCUGUUCGAAAGCACAUUAGCAACAUUACCAAGGCCACCGAAAAGUGUUCUACGCGCCUUCCAAAUGGAAUUUUACAACCGGAGUGACGGAAAAGGAGAGCCAUUCCCCACCCUUGGGGGGCACAGUGCUGGAAUAUAUGACGAUAUUGACGAUCUCGUCGCAUUACGGGUACAAGACGAUCAGGACCGGUUAACGACUUUCGCGCAGGAGCAUUUGGCAUUCUUGUUUCCAGAUCGCAAGCGCUCCGGCAAUGGCAUAGCCUACGCUUCCGACCGCGCCAUCAGUACCUUCGCAGCGUACUUCAGUACAUUCCUAGCAGCGCUACUGCUCAUAGGCGCCAUCGUCGUACUCUACAAAGUAACGUCGCCGGACUGGAGACUGGGGCUGAUAGCGACUUUCACCACCCUGUUCGCUGGCAGCGUGGGUCUAUUGACGAAUGCGCGGAGAGCAGAACUGUUCGGUGCGACGGCUGCAUAUGCAGCGGUCCUCGUAGUCUUCGUAAGCGGGGAUCUAGGAAAUAGUCAAUCGAGCACGGCGCCACCAGGCUGA